AAUGAAUCACUGGUAAACUCUGAACAAGAAAUCUGGUGCAAACUGCAGAGAGAAACUGUAACUUAGUUCAGUAUUAUUAACAGCCAGCUCCCACCCAUCAUUCACCCCCCUGGAACCUGAUACAGAAGACUCUCAUUCACAGUUCAGUCCGUUCACCCCUGUUUGUGCCUCUUGUCAGUGCAGUCAAGAGCUGUUCUCCAAAUGGACGUGUUUGCAGUUCCAGGUGACAGGCAUAAAGGAUGGUACCUUUCUUUAAUGGCUCCCAACACAAAAGGACCAGAGUUCGCCUGGCUGGACCCGUCCAGACUUUACUGCAACUCCCAGGCUCUUGCAGACUGUGCCAAAGACCUUCUCAGCCCUUUCCAAAGUGACAACAUUGACUUGGUUGCUGGCAUAGAUGCAAUGGGAUUCAUUCUUGGGGCUUCUGUUGCCACUGCUCUUGGAAAAGGUUUCCUGGCUGUUCGCAAAGCAGGCCACUUAUGUGUCGCCACCCAAGGCCAAAACUACACCGACUAUACAGGCAAAGAAAAGACUAUGGAAGUAAGACUGGAUGUGCUAAGACCAGGUUUGAGGGUGUUGUUAGUGGACCAGUGGAUAGAGACUGGGGGCACAAUGAAGGCUGCCAUUCAGCUGGUAGAGAAACUGGGAGCCACAGUUGUAGGUACAAUGGCUGGACUGAGAAUGGGGGGAAAAGCAGCCAAAGAAAAACUUUGAAAGACUUCCAAAAAAGCCUGGAGAACUACUGACUGGUUUAAAAACAAAGGCGUCGCAGCUGUGGCCAUCGAGAACACCGAAGGAGGGAGGUGGAUUAAGGAAAACUACAAAUUCUCUCACUGCAUACCCGAAGAGCUGCAGAGCCAAAUUGAUGGAAAAUACCUCGACUCCUUCAAAACCGUCAACAACUGAACAAGUUAACGUGAUUCCUUAAAGGUUCAGCAAAGAAGGCAAAGCAUAGUGAAAUUUUAUAAUACAUGUAUAGAUAUAUUUUUUAAGAAAUACAGUGGACUCACAGAAUAGCUGGCUUUUUUUAGAUUUAGUUCUAUUUUAAAUAACUGAAACAAUUUCUAUUCUAUUUUUUAAUGUCCUAACAACAUGUAAAGCUCACCAUUGGAAAAUAAAAAAUAUGAAAACCACAUCAGUUUUCAUACUGACCAUUAAAUUCUGUGAUAAAUUUGAUUGUAAACAGAAAAAAAUAGACCUUUCAAGUAUCUUCAUUACAAAUAUGGCUCCCAGUCUUUGGUCUGGGACCUCAGCGUGCGAUGGAUAAACGGAGAAGAUGAUGAACAAGAUAUAAAAACAAGAACAAAUUUUCUUUUUAGCCUCUAACAAAUAUAACUGGUCA